GGGGCGGGGAUUGCGGGGACGUCAGACAACGUGCAGUGUCAGUGCGGGAUGUGUGGAAGGUAGAGUAAGCAGAAUGGAAGAAGAGGAAGGAGGAUCAGAGGAGGCCGCAGUGCACAGGCAGCAUAAGAAGGAGAAGAAGGAUCUGCAGGCCAAGAUACAGAGUAUGAAAAAUGCAGUGCCUAAAAAUGACAAGAAAAGAAGAAAACAGCUGACAGAAGACAUCGCUAAGCUGGAAGCUGAACUGGAGGAAAAACACAAACAAGAACUUGAAGCCGAUUUACAGAAGCCGUGUGCCCAGACAGAGAUAGACAGUGUCACUAACGAGGUCACGGGUUUGGAUCUUGGAACGGAAGUGCCUGGUCAGCAACCUCGUCAGUCUAAAGCACAAAAGAGGCGGGAGAAGAAGGCAGCCUUGGAGAAAGAGAGAGAUGAGCGCAUAGCAGAAGGGGAAAUCGAGAACCUGUCUGGAGCUCGGCACCUGGAAAGUCAGAAGCUUGCCCAUAUCCUGUCUGAGAGAGAAGAACAGAUCAAACACAUCCCGUCAGAUGGUCAUUGCAUGUACAGAGCUAUUGAACAUCAGCUGAAGGAGCGGGCUGUGAAUCUGACUCUUUCCAGUCUCAGGCACCAGACUGCAGACUACAUGCAGAGCCAUGCAGAUGACUUCCUGCCGUUCCUAACCAAUUCUGCUACAGGGGAAAUGUACACCCAGGAUGAGUUUGAGAAGUACUGCAGUGAAAUUGCAAACACACCAGCGUGGGGUGGACAGUUGGAGCUCAGGGCCUUGUCUCACAUCCUGAAGACCCCUAUAGAAGUCAUCCAGGCAGAUUCCUCGCCUAUUAUUAUUGGUGAGGAGUACACGGGGAAGCCAAUCACUGUAGUAUAUAUGCGACAUGCUUAUGGACUGGGGGAGCAUUAUAACUCCAUAGAACCACUAAGUGAUACACCUACAGAAUAGUUCACUGUGCCAAAUAUUUACUGCUGCCAGAGUCUAUUAUGAUUUGCUAUGUGGUCUUUACCCUAGGAGCAUUGGUUCCUUAACCUCAUAUAGAGGCAGCAAUUUUAAAAGCAGAAGAUCAUGGUAGCGAACCAGCCAAUCAAUUCAUUAAGAACUGCCCAUGAACACCAAUCAUAAAGACUUCUGUGAUCAAUCUAGUGAGUUGAUGAACCAAGGAUAGUGGCUGCCUUCACUCACUCAGUGGGUACACAGUGGGGAUUUUUCCUUUUGGUUUGUAUCCGACAACCGUUUUGCAAUUAUUAAUCGUGGAGAAAAAAAUGUCUGGAACAAAAUUUUAUCCCUGAAGUGAUCAUCUCGCAUCUGUUCAGAGAUGUGGUUCUUUUUCCAUAAAUUGGAUUGGUGAGUUGGCAGAAAUAAUCCACAGGACAGUUUUACACGAUGGCUUCUACACUCUGAGCAUCGCUGUGCAGUUGAGGAAUUCUUCAGCUGCUUCUCACUUAUUUUUCUGCUUCUGAGGAACUGUCAUUAAAAUCUGUACACAUAAAUAAGGGUGAACUCCGGGCAAAGCUCUGCAGCCAAUAAUCCAUAGGUAUAAUGUAUUCUCUAUGUCAACAGUCUGCUCUUUGCUAGAAAAGCUAAUGGUCCACAUCAGAUUUCAGCCUAUUAUAAUGUAUAUGACUUGCUGGUGAUCUGAGCAAAAUGUAGACCCACCCACCCUGAGUGACAGGCUGGGUUCACACUAGUGCCAAUUGGAUGUAGGUUUCACUGCAUCCAAUUCGCAAUAGCAAGAGAUUGUGACUGGCUCUCUAUGGAGCUGCUUCACAUAUCCCAGCAGCUUCUCCGGUGUGAAUUGCACAGGAGUCCUGUGUGUCUUCUGGUCUGUGUCAGCUCCGAAUUGAAACGGUCAAUGGAGAUGCACCAGACUUCAGCUAUGAGCCGGAGCGUGCUGCGGUGUGAACCCAGCCUAAUCGUUUGUUCUACAGACCGGAGGUGACGGAGUUAAGUCAGCACAGUGGUUUCUAGAGCUUAUGUUUACUACCAGGAAAUACUAAGUGGACAAAACCUGAUAUUAUGUAGGUUUACUGAUGUUGCUUGUCUUGACUAGAUUUCUCUUUUACAAAUAUCAGGUAAAACCUGAAGAAGUUGGUAAUAAACAUCUUUGUCCUUCUGAAA